AAUGUUUUACUUUGAAGGUAAUGUCCGGUAUUAUUCUCUCUAGCUUGAUAGUUGAAGUCUCAGCUUGUCACUGUAGCAAGUUGCUGAUCGCUGGUGCCAACGCCCGGCGAAAUAUACAGCUAACGUUAGCUAGCAGAGAUACGGAGGGACAUCGCUAACGUUAUUGCCAGCAGAAUCAGAAAGUACAGAGAUGCAGACUAUCAAAUGUGUGGUGGUGGGUGAUGGAGCAGUGGGAAAAACCUGCCUAUUGAUUUCAUACACCACCAACAAAUUCCCCUCCGAAUAUGUACCUACAGUUUUUGACAACUAUGCAGUAACUGUAAUGAUUGGGGGUGAACCAUACACCCUUGGCUUAUUUGAUACAGCAGGUCAGGAGGAUUAUGACAGGUUACGACCACUAAGCUACCCACAGACAGAUGUCUUCUUAGUCUGUUUCUCUGUUGUUUCACCGUCCUCGUUUGAGAAUGUUAAAGAAAAGUGGGUUCCUGAAAUAACUCACCACUGUCCCAAGACCCCGUUCCUGUUGGUAGGCACUCAGAUCGACCUGCGUGAUGACCCCUCCACAGUGGAGAAGCUAGCCAAGAACAAACAGAAGCCUAUCACCCCUGAGACAGCAGAAAAGCUGGCUCGUGACCUUAAGGCAGUCAAAUAUGUUGAGUGCUCAGCCCUAACACAGAAAGGAUUAAAGAAUGUGUUUGAUGAGGCAAUACUGGCUGCCCUGGAGCCUCCUGAACCUAAGAAAAGACGUAAAUGUGUUCUGCUCUAAGUGUCGUCGCAGCCUUCUCAACACCAGUUUCCAAAUCUAGGUUAACAGUACUGAAGAGGUUUGUUGCACAAGCACAUUCCAACAUGAGUUAAUAUAUUAUGAAAUAUUUGCCUUCUGACUGACUUAACCUAAAUACAUAUUCAAUGUGUUGAACGUGAUUUUUAAGAUUGAGUAACAUUUGAUGCUGUUUGUGAUGAUGUGAUGGCAUUGAAAUGAUCUUACAUGUUGAAUCAGUUUACAGUAUAUCAACAAACUGUAGGCGACAUUUCAGUCAGACCACAUUGUUUAAUUUUGCAGAAGUGCUAUUCCAAAAGAACGGACUAUGAAAUGGUAUUUUAAUAGAUCUCGUGUUUUAUUGACUGCCCUGUGAAACGCAAACAAGCUGAUAUUGGGUUAGUGAGCUACUCCAAUUAUGUCUUAGUAUACUCUACAUCCGUUUUUUUUUUUUACUUGUCAAGUAAUUCCCUUAAAGUUUUUAUAUAUUGGCAUAGAACGCCAGUAUUUUGUUUUCUAAACAUUUCUUUAAGAAUGAUACAUUUCUCAAAAGGUCAAUAGAAGUUGCUGUAUUUUUCUCAUUUUUGACAUUUUGAUAUCUUCAUGUUCAUUGUCAGCAUAGCCUCCAGGGGGAUCUAAGGAAUAUUUGACUGAGUAUGACAUUUCUAGGCUAUGCUCUAUCAUAGUUCUAGUUUGCCAAAACAUAACCUGAUAAAUUGACACUUGUCAAAGUAGAGAUCCACGAAGGCUGACAAAUGAUGGCAGAAAUGUAUGGAGUUUUAAAUGAAACGUUAACACUUCAUUGGAAGUCAUUUAUCACAAAUAGCCACGCAAGGAGUUGGAGCACAACAAUUUCCCAGUCAUUUCCUUUUUCUGACAGGAGUGAGUUAACAAGAAGGUGAUGUGUGUCCUGAAUGCUCAACUGUUGCAAUAGCUGAAACGUUGUAGGAGCAUUCUGCUUAUAACCCCAGGCUAAUACACUAUUUUGUAAACCGAACAUACUUGCUGCUGAAGUUGGAAAGUAACACGUUGUGCCAGAUCUUAGAAAAUGCUAUACAUAGUUUGAAACCCUGUGAAGAUUUUGGAGUGACAGUACUAGCACCAUUUGCAUUUGUCUUGCCAUGCCUGGAUGAUGGGCUGGAAUUUGACUUGUAAAUACAGUGAGAAUAAUUCAUAACUUAUUGACUGAAUACAAUGUGUGCGUUACUGAUACAGAUAUGUAGAGGAGCUGAGAUGACAGUGAAAUCAAAAUGACCAGGAAAAUGUUGAGAACAAGGACUCUUUGGUCUUUAUUCAAUUUGACAUCAAAGUUGUUGUGUAUCUUGCUUGUGAUAAAGCAUUACAAUAAACCAGUAUUAUGAAUAAACUUAACUUCAAAUACUA